UCUUCUUUUACGGCGCGAGUGUUGCUCAUUCAGCAGUGGAGAGUAUGUGAAAGCUGGGUUAGCUGAGUUAGAGCAAUGGUGUUGUUAUGCGACUGAGGAAUAUGUAGGCUCAGCUUGGGAUGAACUGAAGCACAUCAAGCAGGCUGUCGGAUUUUUGGUCACCCAUCAAAAGCCCAAGAGGACCUUGAAUGAAAUUACGAAGGAACUUUGUCCUGUGCUAAGUAUACAACAAUUAUACAGGAUUAGUACCAUGUACUGGGAUGACAAAUAUGGCACUCACAGUGUUUCUUCUGAU